CGGAGGAAGUUUGCCAUUUAAUUGCAGAGCCCAGUUCUCCGACGCACCAACCUCCAGGAGUGAGCAGCGGGCACCGACGAGAGUUGUGAGUCCCGCCCGGGGUGCGGGUCGGGCAGCCGCGGCGCUCAGCAUCCGCCCGCACCGCAGCCAUGGGCGGCGCGGUCUCCAGCCAGCUGGACGAGGGCAAGUGCGCCUACAUCCGAGGGAAAACUGAGGCUGCUAUCAAAAACUUCAGUCCCUACUACAGUCGCCAGUACUCUGUGGCCUUCUGCAAUCAUGUACGCAGUGAAGUAGAACAGCAAAGAGAUUUAACAUCACAAUUUUUGAAGACCAAGCCACCAUUGGAGCCUGGAACUGUUUUGUAUGAAGCAGAGCUAUCCCAGUUUGCUGAAGACAUAAAGAAAUGGAAGGAGAGAUACAUUGUGGUUAAAAACGAUUUUGCUGUGGAGAGCUAUGAGAACAAAGAGGCCUAUCAGAGAGGAGCUGCUCCUAAAAGCCGAAUUCUUGCAGCUGGUGGCAAGGUGUUAAUAUCAGAAGAGGAAUACAAUUUAUUAUCUGAUCGGCACUUCCCAGACCCUAUUGCAUCCAGUGAGAAGGAGAAUGCUCAGCCCUUUGUGGUCCUGCCAAAGGAAUUCCCGGUGUACCUGUGGCAGCCAUUCCUCAGACACGGCUACUUCUGCUUCCAUGAUGCCGCUGACCAGAAGAAGUUCAGCGCUCUCCUGAGUGACUGCAUCCGACAUCUAAACCAUGAUUACAUGAAACAGACGACAUUUGAAGCCCAAGCCUUUUUAGAAGCUGUGCAAUUCUUCCGACAGGAGAAGGGACACUAUGGCUCGUGGGAAAUGUUCACUGGGGAUGAAAUCCAGAUCCUGAGUAACCUGGUGAUGGAGGAGCUCCUGCCAACCCUUCAGACAGACCUUCUGCCUAAAAUGAAGGGGAAGAAGAACGACAGAAAGAGGGCCUGGUUCGGUCUCCUCGAGGAGGCCUACAACCUGGUUCAGCAUCAAGUUUCAGAAGGAUUAAGUGCCUUGAAGGAGGAAUGCAGAACUCUGACGAAGGGCCUGGAAGGAACCAUCCGUUCAGACAUGGAUCAGAUUGUGAACUCAAAGAACUUUUUAAUUGGAAAGAUCAAAGCCAUGGUGGCCCAGCCAGCAGAGAGAAGCUGUGCAGAGAGUGUGCAACCAUUCUUGGCGUCCAUUCUGGAGGAGCUCAUGGGACCCGUGAGCUCAGGAUUCAGUGAAGUGCGCUCGCUCUUUGAAAAAGAAGUGGAUGAACUUAGCCAGAACUUUCAGACCACCAAAGAUGGUGCCCAGCUAAAGGAGCAUCUCGACAGGCUUAUGGAGCUUCCACUGGAUUCUGUGAAGAUGGAACCUUGUUAUAUUCAAGUCAACCUGCUUCAGGAGCGCUUGCAGGAUCUCAAGAGCCGCUUCAGAUUCCCCCACGUCGACCUGGUCGUCCAGAGGACACAGAACUACAUGCAAGAGCUAAUGGAGAACGCAGUAUUCACUUUUGAGCAGUUGCUUUCCCCACAUCUCCAAGGAGAGGCCUCCAAAACUGCAGUCGCCAUUGAGAAGGUUAAGCUUCGAGUCUUAAAGCAAUAUGAUUAUGACAGCAGCACCAUCCGGAAGAGGAUAUUUCAAGAGGCGCUGGUUCAAAUCACACUUCCCACCGUGCAGAAGGCACUGGCAUCCACGUGCAAACCAGAGCUUCAGAAAUAUGAGCAGUUCAUCUUUGCAGAUCAUACCAAUAUGAUCCAUGUUGAAAAUGUUUAUGAGGAGAUUUUACAUCAGAUCCUCCUUGAUGAAACUAUGAAAGUGAUUAAGGAAGCUGCUAUCCUGAAGAAACACAACUUAUUUGAAGACAACAUGGCCUUGCCCAGUGAAAGCGUGUCCAGCUUAACUGAUCUAAAAACUCCCGGGGGGUCAACCCAGGCCAGCCCUGCCAGGAGAGCCUCAGCCGUUCUGCCAGGAGUUCCAGAUAGUGAGAUCCUGAGUAAUGAAAUGUUCCAGGAGUCAGGGGAAAAGAAGCAGCCUGAGGUCCCUAGUCUGUUGGCCAAAGGAGAAAGCCUUUCUUCCCCUGUGCCCAGUCCUCCCCCAGGUGGGGACGAGCAGGUGAUUGUUUCAAGCCUGGAUGACCCUGUUGUGAGUCUUGUGGCUGCAGAGGACACGGCAGGAGCCCUGGGCGCACACUCGUCAGAGCUGGAGUUUGGAGGGACUCCUGAGGAGGAAGAACCCACCCACGAAAAGCCAGAAUCCACCUCUGCCUCAGGCUCCUUAAAGGAGCUCAGGAAUUUGUUGACGAUGACCGUUGAAGUACCUGUGGAGUCCACCGCCCUCGCGAUUGAAAAAGAUACAAAUAAUGAGACCCUGGUUCCCCAGGAAAUUGGAAAAGAAGAGGAAACAACUCAAAUCUACACAGAGCCCCAUCAAGCAGCUGCCUCCAGUCAGGACAAGAGUGGAGAAAGUUAUGUCAGUGAGAGGGAGGCCCAUGCUCCCCCUCUGGAGGCCGAGGCCAGUGGGGUGGAGUUAGGGGGAUUUCCAGAGGCUCAGCCAGCCAGUGGGGGGCUCAGUGAGGGCGCCAGUGGCCCAGACCCCAUAGAGGAGCAAGCAGAGGCUGGGGAGCCCACUGAGAGGGAGCUCACAGAGAGGGCUUCCAGACUGGAUGCCCAGGAAGGAGGAGGGACCACGUGCACUGUGGAUGGUGAGGCUGAGCCACAAGAAGAUUGCAUUUCAAGUUCUGACCCCAUCGGCCCCAGGGAGAGCCAGGUUUCUGUGGAAGAAGCUGCAGUGGGAGGGGAAAGCAGCAUGGCCCAAGCUACUGCCAGCAUGGAUGCAGAGAUGAAGCCUACCCAUGUUCACGAGUGUCAGUGGGUGGUCGAGAAUGCUCCAGACACUGAUAUCCUAGAUUCACAAAAAGAGGAUGCAAAGGAGAGCACCCCAGAGCAGCCUUCGGAGGAGUGAAAAGGACAAUUUGGCAAAAGUAUUUCUUGGAACAAACUCAGCCAAAGGGUUAUAGUUAUGGGGACACUUAGGGGUUGCAUGCAAGUUGCUACCAAAAAAAAAAUUUUAUUAAGGACUUCAUUAAUAUGUAUAAUGAAACCAAAGGCAACGCACACAGGGCAAACCUUUGUGAAACUGAGCUGUUCUACCAUGAAUUAUUGCUUUCGCAUUUUACUAGGAAUUACAAAGGUAGUGGAGCGUUUGGGGUGAGAGGCAGCUGAGGGUGUCCGAGGGAGGAAGUGGUGUUGCCGGGAAGACUGAGAAAACAAUAGGAGCAUGGUGUGCAAUACACUCUGCACAUUUUCUUCUAAUGCACUUGCAGGCUUUUAAAUUUUUUGUAAGAAUGCAAACGUAUACUGUAAAUCCAGCUUCACCAUCUACUAUACCAACUUCACUGUCUCAUGAGGACUCAGCGUCCAUCCAGAGUCAGGCUGCAAGGAAGGGUGGGUGGGGAACACCAGUCCCCCCUGCUGUGUGCAGCCCUACGGAGCCUGAGAGCUCUCAGGGACGCUGAGCAAAAACGGAGGGAGGCUGUGGUCUGUGGGACUGUCUGGGCCUGUUCCUAACUCUGCUACCAAUUUCUUUUUCAUUAAUCUUGUUGAUUCUUAUUAAUUAAUCACCUUUUGGGGAAAUUCAGAUGAGGCAAGAAAAUUUCCUUGGCAUGUUUAAGCCUGAAAGCAUUCCAAAUUAGCCUUAGACUAUGCGGAGAAACCUUAGCUAAAUUACCAAGCAUAAAGCCUUCCAAUUAAAUCAACAUUAUUUGAAAAGCUACUCUAUGCUACGCGCUAUGUUUGGCAUAGUAACAAAAAAAAGAAGGAAAUAUAAAGUGCUUUGUCUAGUAUAAAUUAAAAGACCCAAAGAACUUAAUCUAGAAGGAAAACAGGUGCCAAUUUUCAAACCAUGACAGCUUUCUGUCAUUCCAUUGAAACAGUCCUGCUUCAUUCCCAGAAGGGAAUAAGUAAAUAAAUGAAUAAAUAAGAAGGAAAGGAAAGAAAAGAGAAAGAAAGAGACGGAGAGAGAGAGAGAAGACAAGAUAUAUACCAUCAAGUUCCAAAGAGGUUACCAAAAGUGGAAAUCAUUUGUUCAGUUGUUCAGCAAGUUAAUUGAGUCCCUGUUAUGGCCCAGGGGCUGGGACACUGUGGUGAAAAAGACCCUGUUCCUUUCUCCUCGAAGUUAACACUUAAAUGGAAAUAGACAGAAAUAUAUCUUUUAAAUGGAUCAUGAUCUAUAACUGUUAAGGGAGGAAUGGAAUUACUUGCAAAAGAUUAAAAAGAUGUGUUCUAGUGUCCUUCAGAAAAAUACCAGAUUACUUCCUAAAGCUUCAGUCCCAGUACUACAUCAGGAAAUUUCCUUCCACAAAUUUUAAUGUUAGAUGCCAACAUAUUGUCCUAACGGUUUAUUUUCAUCAUCAUCAGCAAGUAAGUUUAUAGCAGUUUUUUGGAGAAUUUGUCCCACAGUUUAACCAUUUAACCAGGAAUUAAAAUAUCUCGCUCUUCCCUUCCCCAUGAAGAAUUUCUUGGAUUUCUAGGUCAUAAAGGAUGCAAAAUAAUCAGGAUCAGUCUACUCUCAUGUUGCAUUUUUUCAGCUUUUCUUAGAGUAUUUAGAUCCCCACGUCUACAAAGGAUCUCGUCACAGGUGAAGGAGGUAGAGGCCACUCCUGUCCCUGGAGUGCCCAGUGCUCGCUCAUAUCCUUGUGUUCAGCGGGGAGUAUUGAAAUUACGUUUACUUUCUCUCUCUCCCAGGGGCUGGUCUCUUCAAGGACAGAUACUAGGGUUUAGUCAUCAUAUGUGCUUCCUGCUAGAAACACACAGCCUUGAAUAAUGGCUCCCUGUCCCCUCAAGUCACUUUAAUAUCCCUAGUGCCUUGCAAGGACCUGGCCUGUGUCACUGCUCAGGAAACAUGAGAGCGGAGCACCCGCCACACUGCUGUGCUGGGGCUAUUUGGGGCUUACUGUCAGGCAGGCAGACGUUUUUAAUUGGGCUUUCUGCCCUUGUGGAGGCUUCCCUUAAAUAAAGUCCAAGGGGUGGAUGGCCAGAUGGUCAGAUGCGCUGCCCAGUAAGGCCAGGAGCCUAAGGAGCCGUGCCCAGCCGUGCCGAGGCCUGACCUUCUCCCUGGGAGAAUCGUGCCAGUGAGGAGGUCCCAGCCCAGGCGGAGCCCACGCAGUUUCCCAGCUUCCCACCUUUGCUCACCUCAGAGCUUCGUGAACCCUCGGAAAGCUAGAAGAUUUUUCCUACUGUACAAGAGAGAACAUUUCACUGCAUUGGACGGAUGAACAUCAGUGCCCUCCUUUUACCCGUCCUGUAGGCCAGAGGGGACCGGGCACUGAGUGGAAGGACGUACUUGAGAACACAGAAUUUUUCUGUACAUAUUUCACCAAAGGCAAGUUCACUAGACUAAGCAGGAAGAUUGUUCCAUUUGAAGAUGGAACAGGAAACUAAAGUGCAUUAAAAAUUGUCUUGAUUCAUUUUAACAUGUUGAAAGGAAUAACUUCAUAUUGCUAAGAGUUUGUCUUGCUUUUAAUACAGACUCGUAUGUGUUGCUUCAAUGGUUUCCAGGUUGGAGCAAGGUUAUUGUGAUUUAAAUGAACAGCAUGCAAAGCUUCUGCAUGCUGCUCUGGGGAUCCCUCCUAUGGGCAAAUCCAUUAAAAAUGCAUAAAACCUCAAGACGUGGUUUUUGGCAAAAAUUCCAUGACCUUAAACAAGUUAUGUCACUAUUGACCUUUCACAAAGAAAGAACAUUUUCCUUGAAAAAAAUUAGUUUGUCAUUUUUUCCUUUGCAGCAUAGAGCAGUGCCUUGCAUUAUGCAGAGUAAACUCUAUUUUCAAAGAAAGUAUUUUGGAGACCACAAGGAUCAAAUUCCAAUUUGUCCAAAAGCUCUGCAAAGAGGCUGAAUGUGAAGAACUGCAGGUCUUUAGGCCCAGUCUUCUACAUUUUAUUACAGCGUUUCUCAGAUCUGGUUUUAUAACCCUCCAGAUUGGAGCCAGUGAUUUCAAAAGGUUUCACAAUUCUCCAAGACAAGUGAUUUUAUUUCUUUAUAAAAAAUGCUAAAUGAUAGAUGCUACAUAGCAAUUUUAAUAUGGGGAAGGGACGGACAUAAAUGACUAAAACAAUAAUACAGUUUCACUAGGUAAAAAGUUGGCUACAUAUGCCUUCUUAUUUUACUGUAAACAAAUGGGUUGGGGAUUUGCCUUCUGAAGUCUGCAACAUCAAGAAAAAAAUCUACACUGUGGAAUGAUUCUUCUUGUCACUAUAUAAAGCAAAUAAACUUAAAACACUUUGUAACCACAUAUUUACUCUGCCAAGUACCUAUAUUCCAAUAAAGUAUUCAUCUUUGAA